AUGAAGUCUGUUUCUCUUGAAAGUGCCCUAACAUGGAUUAUCAGGGAGUUGAGAUUACAUGGUGUGCAGAAAGAAAUAAUUGAACUAAGCCUCAAACUUGAUGAUAGGCCAUUUGCAGGUGAGAACACAAUCUUUAGUAAAUACAGUGUACCUUAUUUCCACAUUCCUUUAUUGUAUUUUGCAACAACUGUGUUGCACUUGAGAAAGAAAAACAUAGAAACAAAAUCAUCUGUGAAACUGGGUUAAAAAGUAUGACACCAUAAGACAUACAAUAGUGUCCAAAUUAUUUCUUAACUGUAACUGAAACAAGUUCAUCCUAACGAAACCCUGUGAUCUUUUAUCAUGGGUGACUAGUCCUUUUUCGUCAGUAUUCUUAAACAUUUACCAUCCUUACCCAUAAUUUUCAGUUGAAAGAUAUUCAGUCAUAGACAGUGCAGAGACAAAAUAAUGUAAAGCAGGGUAUAUAAUAUGUGGGAGUUUAAAAGUUGCUGUCCAUAUUAUUGUUGCUGUAUUAGGGAGUAAAUUUUAGAGAAAACACAUGCCUUGAGCUUUUUGUUGCGACAAAAUUACCCAUUAAAUACAGGUGUCUGUAUUAAGUUUGAGGGGGGUAACAUCAAAGUGGCAGGUCAUGAAAUGGUGCUUAAAUUUUUGAAAUUCCUUUUUUUUGUUUCCUCUCAUUUGUAGGGCGCAGUCAGGUCCUAAUGGGUGUAGUCCCCAAAGACAAACCAUUCCUGUCUAAUCAGAGCUGCAAAUCAGUGUGCCCUUUAGCUAUUGCUAAUUGUAAGGAAGACAGGUAUGUUGUAUUUAAAUUUGAUUCAUUAGUCAAAUAGUUAUUUGUUUCCAAAAUAACUAGUUUUGUUAGUGAAAAUUUUUAUUGUACCUUUUUGACUGUGUAAUUUUUUUGUCGACCAGUUAUACAUGCAAGCUGAAAUAAUUUGUGUAUUUACAACAAAUUUAUUGUAUGAGGCCUAAAGGCCCAAGUAAACGAUCAUUUUUGAAAAUUUUACCGCAAAGGUCUUAAUUUAUUAGUGGGCCAUUCAAACCCGACCUUAUGUUUUCAACUCUUAAGAGCUAUCUGCCUCAGACUAGACUUGCAGUAUGGUAUUCCUUUUUCCUUUUUUUUUCACUGUAGUAAUAACUUCAGUUCACCAGUAACUUUACUUUUUAUUAUUAUUAAGGAAAACCUAAAAAAGCUGAUUGUUAAUAUCAACAAACAAAAGGAUGCACUAAAGAAGAAUGGAAUCACAGUGGAUGGAGUGCAUUAUGCUGUGAGAUUUAAAGGUAAGUUUCACAUAAUAAUUAAUAAGGUAUUUUUUAGUACCAAUUAAUUUUCAAUCCAAAUGCCUGCAUGUACAUUGACCUCUUUUUUAAAAUUUAUAUCUACAGUCAUACUUGACCUGAAGGCCCUCUAUCUUUUGCUGGAACAAAUAGGGAAACGAACUUUCAGCUUAGAAAACGAGGAACUCAAGUACAGUGUUGCUUCUUCUGCAAAGCAUUGA